AUGGAGGAACCUACGCCGAAUUUACUAGAAUUAGAAGAAAAAACCAUAUUUGAUGCAUCAAAAGCUAGCGAGCUCAUAGAUAAAUUUCUAUCAUCAUAUAUUCAUCAAAAGGAAAAAACCAUAGCAGAAGAAACUGAAAAUUAUCCCCUACCAGGUUAUAUGAUGGUACCAUCAUAUAUUUCGCGUUUACCAACUGGCUCAGAAACCGGCAUAUAUCUUGCAAUGGGAUUGAGUGGUACAACUCUAAAGUUAACAGUGGUAAAAUUGUUAAGUCGUGGUGAAACUGAAAUAGAACACGACAGAGAAUUAAAGAUUCCCGAUGAUUUGAAAGUUGGAACUGUUGAUAAUCUAUUUGAUUGGAUUGCGUUAAAUGUUAAGGAUUUAGAAUUACUUGUUAGACAGAUUAAUUAUAAUUUUCCAAUAAGAAAAAUUGGAGUAAAUGAAGGUAUUAUUGUUGCAGGGAUAGGAUGUGAAACGACUGAAUUAAUUGGUAAUAAUAUAGUUGAAUUAUUACAGGCUGCAUUUAUUCGAAAGGGAGUAAAAAUUCAAAUUGUAGCUAUAGUUGAUGAUGUUGUUGGUGUAUUAGUAGCGAACGCUUACAAAGAUCAAAAUACAAUCAUAUCAGCAAUUAUAGAUGACUUCAGAACAAAUGCUGCUUGUAUUUGUACAUCGUCAUCAAUAAUAAAAGAAACUCAAAGUCAUCAACGUCAUGUACCAGAAUAUAUGAUUGUAAAUACUGAAUGGGGUUCGAUCGGUACCGAGUUUUUACCUUUUAUAAAAUAUGAUAAAAUUCUUUCCAGUCAACAUCAAAAACAAUAUAACGGAACUUCUGGUUCGAGAAGACGGCCAUUUGAACAAAUGAUUGCUGGUGUUUAUUUGGGUGAAUUGGUAAGAUUGACUAUCGUAGAUUAUGUGAAAGUUUUCAAUUUGUUUGAUGGUGUGUCACCUACAGGAAUGGACAUACCUUAUAGUUUUUCAUCUCUUUUAAUGUCUGAAAUCGAAAGUGAUCAAUCAUCAGAAAAAUCUGAUAGUUUAAAUGCGUUAUUAAACAAUUUUGAAUUUUCCAAGAAACCAAGCAAAGAAGAUCUACAGACAGUACAUAGAAUUAUAAAGAGUUAUUCUAGACGUUCGGCUCAAUUGUUUGCAAUAGCUAUCGCUUCAUUAAUCAAACUUCAAUGCCCAGAAUUUCCAUCUGUUGAACGUAAUGUUGUAGUGGCUGUUGAUGGAUCUAUAUAUCAUAAUCAUUAUGAAUAUUCAAACCGGACUAGCAAGUUUUUAAGAGAUUUUCAAAAUAUUCAAAAAGAUGAGAAAAUUAAAUUAUCACCUAUAAAGGAUGGUAGUUGUACAGGUGCUGCUUUAAUUGCUAUGAUGUAUUCUCAUUAA